GUUUACCAACAUAAGCACUCCGACUGUAGAAAACUGUCGUAAAGAGAGCGCAGAAGACGGCAGACGCGUGUGGAGCGCAGCACACGUGGUCGGUGUUUUGGUCAGAGAGUAUUGAAUGAAACCAUGUAAAAACUCUCCUGUGUUGGUGUGGUGAAUAUGUUACCUGUUAUGGACAGCAACGAUAAAGCAGAUGAUGGUCGGAGAGGAGUUAAGCGCAAGAUGGCUUUGUCCAGCUGUGACAUCUGUGAGACUAAAGAGGCCAAAUACAGAUGUCCGAGCUGCAUGAGACACACCUGCAGUUUGGCUUGCGUCAAGCAGCACAAGACUCUGUCGGGAUGCUGUGGUGUUCGGGACACGACGGCGUUUGUCCCUCUCGCUGAAUUGAAUGAAAUCAGCCUGCUCAGCGAUUACAGGUUUCUGGAGGACACGGCUCGACUGUCACAGCAGUCCAACAGAGACGCCGUCAUGCUCGGCAGCCAUCGACACCUGAAGGAGGGCAUGUGGAUGAUCAGAAAAGCCAGAGCAGUCAAAGUCACCCUGAAGUUUCUGCCCAAAGUGUUCAGCAAACACCGGGAGAACCGCACCAUCUUCAGAAGAGCGGAAGGACGAUUCUACUGGCAUCUGAAGAUCCAUUUUCCUCAGAGCGACGCGGUUUAUUCAGAGAGGUGUCCUGAUAACCGGCAGCUCGAUCAGAUUCUCAGCGACUACAUUCAUCCUUUAGAGUCAGAUCCAGUCAAACGGCAAAAGUUAAAGAUCUACGUCCACAGUCCUGCAGAGGACAUCAGAGUCUUUCUGAAGUCAGAGCAAACACAGCCCCACGCUCUCAGGUAAUAAUAUAUACUCUGAAGCUGGAC